CCGGCGCCGAAUCUUCUGGUCGAGGCUUUCAAUCAGGCAGUCCGACCCUACACCGAAAAGAUAGAAGGCCUCGAGAGCGAGAUUGCAGAUCUAAAGGCAUACAUCGAUUCGCUGGAGAGGCAGCGGACAGAAGUGCACGCAUGGAUUGACAAGCGUGGUCUUCGGCCAGAUGUGCCUCCCAGCAUUGCUCAGAUCAUGGACUCUGCCUCACACGCGUCGUCGCCUACUCACGCAGCAGCCACGCUCAAUGCACAGCUGGAUCGCAAGAUCACCAUCGUCAACUUUGACUUGCACAGGCUACAAGACGAUCUCAACGAUUCGCUGCCAACCCCAUCUUUCAGCGCAUGCAUGUUGAAAUUCUUGCCCGACAUCACCCGCCUCUCUUCCCUUCCAAGCGGGCCACGAUUUGCGUUCGAUCUGCUUCUCAAGCUCGGUGGUAACCUCAACUCUCACGGUGGUCUUGAGAAUGGCGACGAAGAUGACAUCACUGAGCGACGAGCUUUCUACCGCCGUCUCGAUGACGCCAUGGUAGAUGUGGUCAAGGGUCGCUUCAGAGAGGAGGGUGACAGCUGGGGUGUCCAGCGCGAGAUCAAGCGUAUCGAGAAGACUGGAGCAUAUCUUCGGAACUGGGGUGUCGAACCUUACUUUCCACAUACUCUGGAGGUCAUGAAGGAUGGCAAUGGGCACGGCGGACCUCACGGCCAGGCUGCGCCGGGCGGAUCAGGUUCUCCCCCAAACUAC